AAGAAAUUGUAAUUUUUUUUGUUAUUCUUGGCGUAUUAUUUAACAUACAAUUACCAGUUUCCUGUUGAGUUAACAGGUUAAACGCAGAGUAAAAUCUAGGACAACGCUUGCAAGUUGCACUUCAGUAAUUCUUGUUUAUCAAACUUUAUGUGAUUGAUAUUAAUCGCAGGUAUAAAGUAAUGAAUUUGUGAGUUGAAACUUAUCAUUUGGAAAGGACCUUCAUCUGGAUCAUUUGCAGAUUAUAAAAUGUCUGACUCUGGAACGCCGGGAAAUCACCGCCGCGUGAUUGGCGGGUGCAGGAUAGUAGUUGUUGUCUUGUGCGUGGCCCUCAUCGCUCUAAUUGUCGCAUUUGCGGUCGUAGUAUCCCAGAUGAAGGAAAAAUUGGACUCCAAAUCCGACUCCAAAUCGGAGAGCUGUCCUGGAAGCAGUAGCAGGAUAAAUCUUGAUCCGCCAGACGUUUUGCCGCCAUUUCAUGAUCUUACACCAGCCGAGAUGUUUUCGAUUAUAAAAUGUCUGACUCUGGAACGCCGGGAAAUCACCGCCGCGUGAUUGGCGGGUGCAGGAUAGUAGUUGUUGUCUUGUGCGUGGCCCUCAUCGCUCUAAUUGUCGCAUUUGCGGUCGUAGUAUCCCAGAUGAAGGAAAAAUUGGACUCCAAAUCCGACUCCAAAUCGGAGAGCUGUCCUGGAAGCAGUAGCAGGAUAAAUCUUGAUCCGCCAGACGUUUUGCCGCCAUUUCAUGAUCUUACACCAGCCGAGAUGUUUUCGAUUAUAAAAUGUCUGACUCUGGAACGCCGGGAAAUCACCGCCGCGUGAUUGGCGGGUGCAGGAUAGUAGUUGUUGUCUUGUGCGUGGCCCUCAUCGCUCUAAUUGUCGCAUUUGCGGUCGUAGUAUCCCAGAUGAAGGAAAAAUUGGACUCCAAAUCCGACUCCAAAUCGGAGAGCUGUCCUGGAAGCAGUAGCAGGAUAAAUCUUGAUCCGCCAGACGUUUUGUCGCCAUUUCAUGAUCUUACACCAGCCGAGAUGUUUUCGGUGAGGGAGUUUUUAUACGGACAAGCGGACUUAAAUCUUGCGCGACCGUAUAAAUUUGAUACUAAUGACAGUUACAUUUAUACCAUGGAACUUCAUGUUCCUAACAAGGAACAGACUUUAAAUUUUCUUGACAAGGGUAGAUCAGCACCAGCAAGAGAAGCCAACGUUAUCAUAUUUAGGGGUGACUUGCCCGAGCCGGAAGUGCAAGAAUAUAUCGUAGGCCCCCUACCUAAUCCAGUAAGCAAGAACGCUCAAACACCCCGACCAUUUCGUUACCGUCCGUUAACUACUGCUGAAAUCGUUAGAGCAAUGUCUAAGUUACAUGGGGAAAUAAGUAAAGUUGGUAAAAUUUUAGAAGAAAGUUAUGGUGGAACAUUGGGAGACUGCGCUGAAAAUUGUCUAGAAUUCAAAUCGAUGUCGCCAAUGUCCCCGGCAUCGUCCGGAGAACCGAUGGCAAGAAAAAUGUGGUUUUGGCUCACACCUGUUGUUGAGUUUUGGAGUCUCCAUCCAUUAGACUUUUUAGUUCUUAUGGACCUGACAAGCAGUGAAGCUGACAAAUAUACAAUAGACAAGGUUUAUUAUGGUGGCCAGAUAUUCAAAAGCUUAGAAGACCUUCUCAGAGCUUACGAAACCGGCUCUGUCACGAAAACAAAAAUUGCCUUUCCGACAAAGGAUAAGAAGCUGUAUUCUACACUGAACAGGAGGGGGACAUUAUUUCCAGAGGAGCCACUGUUACCACCGACAGAAUUUGAACCAAGUGGGAAAAGAUAUUCUGUAGAUGGUAGACAUAUCAAGCACAUGGGAUGGGACUUUGAUGUAAGGAUGUCUACUACUUCGGGUCCUCAGAUAUUUGACAUCAGAUACAACAAUGAAAGAAUUGUUUAUGAGUUAAGUUUGCAAGACAUUGCAAUAUUUUACUCAGCCGACAGCCCGGCUCAGAAAUUUGCAGAUUACCUUGAUAGCUUAGCUUUAGUUGGGCCACGGGCUCGAUCACUUGGUUCGGGGGCUGACUGUCCCUCCCAUUCAACUUAUCUAAGUGCUGACCAUGCUAUUGAAUUCUUAGAACAACCAUACCAUGUUGAUAGGGCUUUCUGUGUGUUUGAACAUAACACGGGUCUUCCUCUGCGCAGACAUUUAUCUAGUUCCGGUACAAUGUUUUACGAAGGACUCAUGGAUAUUGUACUCACAGUUCGAACAAUAAUAACAGUGGCUAAUUAUGAUUAUAUUUUUGACUUCAUUUUUCACCAAAAUGGCGCGAUUGAAGUUAAAGUUGUGUCUACAGGAUACAUACUGACUUCCUUCCGAUUUCCUCCAGAAGAUGAUUACGGCUUCCGGUUACGUGAUCAUGUGACCGGAAAUAUUCACCACCAUAUGUUCCACUUCAAGACGGAUAUGGACAUUCACGGAACGAAAAACAGGUUUGAGUAUAUAGAAAUACAGCCAAUUAAGAUUGAUAAUACACAAUGGUCAGUAAAAGACCAAGCCAAAUACGCUCAAACGAAAAUGGUUCGACAUCUAGUGCAAUCAGAAAAAGAGGCAGCAAUGAAGUACAAUUUUGACAAGCCAAAAUAUCUAACAUUCUACAACAACAGUGUUUUAUCGUCUGCUGGUGUACCAAGAGCGUAUAGACUCUACACGAGAGGAAUUUCAAAACAGAUGGUUGAGGAAGGCACGGGACAAGAACCAUCUAUUUCCUGGGCACGGUACCAAGUUGCUGUGACUAAGUACAAGGAAGAUGAAACACGAAGUAGCUCAAUCUAUGCCAGUUAUGAUGCCGAGAAUCCUGUUGUCAAUUUUCAAAGUUUUAUUGACGACAAUGAAACAAUAACCGACGAGGAUCAAGUGACCUGGGUCACUAUGGGCAUACAUCACAUCCCGCACAUGGAGGAUAUACCCGUUACCCCAACAGUCGGCCUUGACCUUGGAUUUUUUCUUCUUCCUUACAAUUAUUUUGAUGAGGAUCCUGCGAUGGGGUCCGGAGAUGCCAUACGAAUAGAACUUUCGCCAAAUCAUGGACUUAAUAUUUUCAAUUACGGGAAGUCAGGCCAUAAACAGUGCCUACCUAAACAGUCUACAUUUAUUAACGAUGUAAAGGAAAAACCAAACAUUCUUUUUAAUAUAUAGGAAACUGGUGACUUUAUCAUAUAAAGUGUUUUAGCAAAUAACCAGUUCGUCAAAUCUUUAAAUUGUAUGAUACAGCGAUUUGCUACUAAAUUGCGUGCUAUAUUUUGACACGUCAGACGCUCCUUUUCAUAAAGAAUAAAAUCCUACUCGUACGCCUACACGCAAAAGUAUGGAUUCGCAACCUCCCUUGCUUUUGUGACAAGUAAAAAGGAAGCUGGUAACAGUGAUGAAAUCUAUUAGGUGGCAGGGGAGCGGUUUCGUAGUUUGGCCCCUGUCGAUUUUCUGUACAAACAGGACAGGGUAGAUAUAAAGGCAUAUCUAUCUUACUGGUUAUUUAUCAUUAUUAAUUCUUUAAUAUAUCUGGGGAAUGAGGAACGGUUAAUGAUUCUACAUGGCGGGUGUUUUAAAAUUCCUAGCUCCGUACUUCCGGUUGAGGCUAAAACAUAAACAUCAGAACAAAAAGUCGGCCAGACGCUCGGCUGUUAUCCAUCCACUUUUUUUCAAGUGAAAAUUAGGGAAAUAAAGUGGUGGUUGGGAGACACAUUCCACACCACCUGGGUAUGCAUCUAUGUUCGCACUAUACAUAAAUGCUACGAAAUUGGAUUUAAAAAUACAAAAUGGAUGAAUGGCAGAGUUCAAAGUGAGGCCCGGUUAGGCUAAUUUUGGUCUAUAAAAUUUGGGUGAUUUGGCCAAUUUUCACUACAUCUGGCACGGAAAGCGACAGGUGCAUAGGACCGGAGAGUUGUCUUUAUGUAGUCUAUAGUAUCUGCAAUAGUCCAUAGUAGUUUCAAAGAGAAAUAAGCAAAAUCGAGAUUUCUAUGGAUAUUUCAACACUGGUACCCACACGUCAAUGUGGAAUUCGCAAAUCUGCACUCCCCUGCCACCUUAUGAACAAGCGAUUAUGUACCAAGGGAUUUGACUCUAUUAACAUUUUUUUCAGGUUCAUUCGUGAAUUGUUUCCCUUAGUAUCCGAAGUAUCUGUAUGAUCUCGGCUGACCUAUUGUAACUGUACAUAAUUAAAGAAGGCAUGACAGUUUCGUGCUGUAACAACGACAUGUCUCUAUUGAAUUUGUAUUUUCCUGUGUACAUAUGCGUUUUGUAUUAAACAUAGCUUUCCAA